GAAGUGCAUCGAGUCAACCAGCUGGUCGAUCGAUGCAAAAAUUCGGGCGAGCUUCGGCAGAUUCUCUAUGCCCUGGUGGACAUGCCCAUAGAGGCUUUUCAUAAGGUGGUGAACACCGAGCGGUUCUCGGAGCAGCUGGUUAUUUGGCUGACGAAAGCUGCUUCUUCAAGGUGCCACCUCUUGGUUUGUCUCUGCCGGCUUAAGUCUUUGUCAGGGCUCUUCGAGAAUGGCAGAAUCGUCACGGUGCUCAGCGAGAUCGCGGCUCAGGAUCCUCACUUUGAAACUGCUGUGCUGGCCCGGAGAGUGUUGUCCCAGUGGCUUCCGGGAUCGUUCGUGGAGACUCCUGCUGUGGAAGUAACACGUGGAUAUACCAGCAGUGGUCAGGGCAAGGGCGGCGAGACUCCGAAAGCUGGUGCUCAGGGCAAGGGCGGCGAGACUCCGAAAGCUGGUGCGGGCAAGGGCGGCGAGAUCGGCAAGGAUGUGGCGGCGAAGGCUCCGAAGGCUGGUGCCAAGGGCGAUGCCAGCGAUGUGGCGGCGAAGGCUCCGAAGGCUGGUGCCAAGGGCGGUAAGGCCAGUGGCGGGGAGAAGGGCGAUGAGCAGAAGGCCAGUGGAUCGGCCAGUGGAGGAGGCGGACAGAAGUCGCGAAGCCGCACGCCCAAUCCGAAGCGGGCCAAGCGGUGA